GGAGGGCGUAUGCCGGCACGGGCUGAGAGUUAAAUAGGCUGACAUUCGAGAACAACUCAACCAAUGUGCUGGGGGUGGCAAGAGCGAUGCGAGGGCAAGGCUGGAGCUGAGCCUGCGAGACAUAGCUAGGAAAUCCGUGAAACUCAACUCAUUUAGUCGCCAAAGAGGCUAACGUUCUUCAGUAAGCGUUUAAAGGACGAGAGACCAUGUCGGUGCUGGCUUUGCAAGAAUACGAAUUCGAGAGGCAAUUCAAUGAAGAUGAAGCCAUUCGAUGGAUGCAAGAGAACUGGAAGAAGUCCUUCCUCUUCUCUGCGCUUUACGCUGCCUGCAUACUUGGUGGGCGGCAUUUAAUGAAACAAAGGGAGAAGUUUGAGUUGAGGAAACCUUUAGUACUAUGGUCUUUAACACUUGCAGCCUUCAGUAUAUUUGGUGCCAUCAGAACCGGAGGCUACAUGAUGAACAUCUUGAUGACCAAAGGCCUAAAGCAGUCAGUGUGCGAUCAGAGUUUCUACAACGGACCAGUCAGCAAGUUCUGGGCCUAUGCUUUUGUCCUCAGCAAGGCACCUGAACUAGGAGACACACUAUUCAUUGUUUUACGCAAGCAAAAGCUGAUCUUCCUGCACUGGUAUCAUCACAUCACAGUGUUGCUCUACUCAUGGUACUCCUACAAGGACAUGGUGGCCGGCGGGGGCUGGUUCAUGACCAUGAACUAUCUGGUGCAUGCCGUCAUGUAUUCUUACUACGCUCUUCGGGCCGCCGGCUUCAAAAUCUCUCGCAAGUUCGCCAUGUUCAUCACCCUGACGCAGAUCACCCAAAUGGUGAUGGGCUGCGUGGUCAACUACCUGGUGUAUUCGUGGAUGCAGCAAGGCCAAGAGUGCCCGUCCCAUGUGCAGAACAUUGUGUGGUCGUCCCUCAUGUACCUCAGCUACUUUGUGCUCUUCUGUCAGUUCUUCUUCGAAGCCUACAUCACAAAGACCAAAUCCAACGCAGCCAGGAAGAGCCAAUAAAUCAAGAAAAUGAUUUUGAAAAGUGAAUCAAGGAGAGCAAAGUGGACCAAUGAAUGGUUAGUGGAUGGAUGAGUCUUUUCAGUUGGGGCUUAUGGACUUGCAGAAGAAAGAAGAGAAGACCAUGAGAGGCUACGAUCAAAGCUUGUGCAUACUGUACUACUAACCUAUAGAGAUAAAUCUCCCCGACACUAGGGGUGCUCUAUUGAGUCGCACUGAGAAAUUAUUAUGAUUAUAUCAGUUGAACAAAAAAGAACAAAAAAAAUGUGUCUUUAUGUGAUUUUUAUGUGCCCAAUUCAAUUCUCUGCAUUUAAAAAAAAUGUAUAGAUUAAAAAGGGAUGCAAAAUAAAUUCAAACAGAAUUAAGGAGAAGUUUAAAUGGACUGGGACAUUUUGAGAGAAAAAAAAUCUGAGAAAAUUAUAUGGAUAGAAUCAAUAUUUGUGUGGUUAUGUCUAAACAACAUUAAGUGUUACCGUUGCAUUUUAAUUUUGUAUUGAUUAGAUACUAGAGUGUGUAUGAUAGUUUUGUAUGAAAGCCAUGUCAAUGGAUGACUGGUCAAUGUUGAGCUAAAAAUGCCACAGUGUGUUCAGCAUCGCAGCACCAAAAUCCUCUCAGGACUUAGAGUUUUCCAUUUGAUGUUCAUAUCAUUUUAGAAAAAAAAAGAAAA